GAGUCCAGGAUGCUGCAGCCAAGCUGUGUUUAAAGGCUGUGUCCUCCACCUGCAGUGCAGUGGGCACAGCUUAGCGCUUCCCAGCCUUGCGCUGGAGAGGGGCUCUGUUCCUUUGGCAGCUCGGAACUCCGUUGGCUGUACGGAGUAGGGGUUUAACUGUUAGACCAGAGAAUAUUGCUGCUUUUCCUGGAGUGAUAUGGGGAGCGUAGGGCUAUAGGCAAUGAACAAUCGCUCAGAUCUGUGGUCUCCAACUUGGGACAGGACUUGGCUGUCUGUCACAGGCUCCUGGUUGAAAUGGAAGCAGAGGUUCAGCAGCAAGAAAAACUAAGGGAUCGGUUAAAAAUGGUAAAGAUGUCUGUUGAGAGACAGCGAAGCGAAGCAGAGCACCUCCAGGAAAACGUUCCUCCAUACCUGCCCAAACCAACUCGGAGCUGCAACACCGGGCCAGCUGUCAAACGGGAGGAGGCAACAAAAGCCGUUGAACCUGAAUGGUUAAAGAAAUGUAGAGAAGAGGCAAGAGCUUAUAAAGAAGUGCCGUUAAAUGUGGAAGAUCUUCAUAGCUUUUCUGUCAACACCGGUCCAGCUGUCAAACGGGAGGAGACAACAAAAGCUGAAUGCACAAAGAAAUCUAAAGAAGACACAACAGCUGUUAAACAAAUGCCCUUAAUAAGCCCUGAAGAAUUUGAUAACAUUCCUGCGUACUUGAGAGGCCGUUUAAAAUGUGAGCAGAUUAAUGCUGUCAUUCAAGAGAUCAACAAUGCUGUGGCUGCCAAGUACAAGAUCAUGCAUCAGCCGUUGAAAUCUAUGAAAGCACCAGCCAGGAAACUCUACAGCAGGUUCCUGGAAGAAGAAAUAAAGGAAACAAGAGGUGAAUUUUUCAUCAUGGAAGCUGACAUCAAAGAAUUCACCCAGCUGAAGAUGGAUAAGCGCUGCUACAACAUCCUUAGUAUCCUGCGCCACGCCCAGAGACUGAGAGAAAUUCGUUGUUCUGGAUUUGUCCGCUACAUCAUCUGCUGAUGGGGUUUCUGGAUUCCAUUUGCCCAGGAUCCAGAGCGAUGAAGUGCACUGGGUAUAGAUCUUGCCUGCAGAGGUUCUGUGUGAUCUUUCCUAUCCAGCUCUCUUAUUUUCUCAUUCGUGGGGACCAAGAGGUGUGUUUCAGCCCUCUAUCCUAGAUGGGAAGAGGUGAUUUCAAACAGCCUCACAGAAUUUUUCAGUCUCUCUUCCUACUUAAAGGAAGCGUUUGAUCUUGUUUUAACCCGUUUCUAGGUGUCUUUUUCUUCCUGUUCUAAUUUCAUAUUUUGGUGUUGGUGUUGGUGGAAUAGGAAGAUUUGAGGUGGUUUAAACGUUUCCUCACUGAGGAUCAGUGCGUUCUGUUACCCAGGGGGUUUCCCUGCUUUGUCACAGCCACACCAACCCCAUUGCCUGAAACAAGAGAGCCGUGGGGUGGUUAAGUGAAAGUUUUAACUUUUACAUUGAAAAUAGUGGUCAAACUCAUUGCAGCUUUCCUUAGAGAAGCUUGCUUCUGAAUGACCUGUUCCAGAGUGGAACUAUUGUGAUAAAUUCCAGCUCUGCGACGAAUCAGAUCUGGUUUCGUAAGAAGGGGUAUGGUAUUUUUCUUCCUUGAGUCUGUAUCUGCCAUCAAGCUAACAUCUGAUCCAAAAUACCUCCUCUUGGCCCCUGUUGGUGUUAAGGCAAUAACUUUGUUGAGUCUGUCUGUUUUGUGCAAGGCUUAAUUGACAAUGAAGUGCAUUGAUUUGGGUCCGUGUGUCAUUUGGUUUGUUUUCUGGUUGGUAGUUUGGUUUUGCCCAACUUCACGUACUCCAGAGAGUCUUUUGAGACUCAAGACUUGCCUCCCUCUGUUUCAUAAAGUCUCCUCACGAAACAGCCACACUGGUUUGCCCUUUCUUUCAUGUUUAGGUGUCACAUUUCCAGGUGUUGACUGGCUCCAGACUCACCCGCAGCCGAAGGCAAGUUUCUUGCUAUCCAUUCUGAACCUGUCCUGGCACAAUUUGAGGCCAUUUCCUCUCAUCCUAUUGCCUGUCUUGGGAGAAGAGACCAGCGCCCACCUUACCACAACCUCCUUUCUGGGAGCUGCAGAGAAAGAUGAGGUCUCCCCUCAGCCUUGUCUUCUCCAGGCUAAAA